UGUGUGUCUCCACUUGCUCUCAGUUUGAUGUCCGGUCUGGCUGCUCUGGAUGCCAAGUGCUCCAGCCGCUUGGGAAUAAUGACCAUUUCAUACUACCUGUGGACCACCUUUGUUGCUGUGGUAGUUGGUAUUCUCAUGGUUUACAUCAUUCACCCGGGUGGAGCUGCACAGAAGGAGGAUUCUGAGGACAGCAAGAAGCCAAUGACCAGCUCUGCUGAUGCUCUGCUGGACCUCAUUCGCAACAUGUUUCCAGCCAACUUGGUCCAAGCUACGUUUCAACAGUAUCGAACUCAGAGAGUCGCAGAACUCAUCCCCAAACCGACAGUCGCUCAGCUCCUGGAUGAGACAACCACGCGGAGGGUCUACAUUUAUGGCAUCCAGGAUGACAAUGGCACCGACACCCAGAACUUCUCUCUGGAUCUAACGCCACCUCCUGACGUCAUCGUGAAAACAUCUCCCGGCACCAGCGAAGGCAUGAAUGUACUGGGGAUCGUUAUAUUCUCUGCAACCAUGGUGGGAAUAAUGCUGGGAAGAAUGGGACCCAACGGAAGUGCUUUGGUCAACUUUUGUCAGAGUUUGAAUGAGGCGGUUUUGAAGAUUGUUGCCAUUGUCAUUUGGUAUUUCCCCUUUGGUAUUGUGUUUCUGGUGGCUGGAAAGAUCUUAGAGAUGGACGACCCUUCGGCCAUGGGGAAGAAGUUGGGCUUUUAUGCCAUCACUGUGGUAAUGGGCUUGGUGCUGCACGGACUGUUCAUCCUCCCGGCCAUGUACUUCUUCAUCACCAAGAAAAGCCCCAUAGUUUACAUAAGAGGCAUUCUACAAGCCCUUCUCAUCUCCUUGGCCACUUCCUCCAGCUCUGCUACUCUGCCUAUCACCUUCAAGUGCCUCCUUGAGAACAACCAUAUCGACAGACGCAUCAUCCGCUUCGUGCUGCCGGUCGGGGCCACCAUCAACAUGGAUGGUACGGCGCUCUAUGAGGCCGUGGCAGCCAUCUUCAUCGCCCAAGUGAACAAUUACGAACUGGACUUUGGGCAAAUCAUCACCAUCAGCAUCACUGCCACGGCCGCCAGCAUCGGUGCAGCUGGAAUCCCACAGGCUGGUCUUGUUACCAUGGUGAUCGUGCUGACCUCUGUGGGUUUGCCCACUGAUGACAUCACUCUCAUCAUUGCUGUCGACUGGGCUUUGGAUCGAUUCAGGACCAUGGUCAAUGUGAUGGGCGACGCUCUGGCCACAGGAAUCAUGGCUCAUAUCUGCAGGAAGGAUUUUGUGAAAGAGGGAGAACAGGUGCCUCUUAUAUGUGAGACCAAACCCAUGAUAAGCAUCCAGCAGAUGAUGAACUACCAGAACCAGAAGAACGGCUGCUACCAGCCGCCUCCACCGGGCAGCAAGCAGGACCACCUUUCCCCUGACGUGGCUCGCCUGAUCCAGCUGGAGGAGGGGAUUCGACCUGUAGAGAAGAAGAAGCACGCUCACGCCUCUCACCACAAGAGAGAACACAGGGACAAGGACCACUGUUCCAUUGACAUGAACGGGCUGGAGACUAAUGUGUGAAAAACGUUUGCUCUGUCAGAGUCUACCGGUACAUCCAUGACUGCAGGACCAGCAGGACAGGACGAAGCAUUAAAGAGCCGAGGUGACCGAGUUCACAUGCUUAUCCCCUCGAGUGAGAGCAGCCAUGAGUAGAUGUAUGCAUGGAGGGAAAAAAGACUUUUUUUUCCUACAUAACCCAAAUGAUGAUCCACAUUUGAUUGUUUGUGUGUGUACAUAUUUAUCAUAUAUAUACAUAUAUUGGGUAGCAGCAGUGGCCGUGUGCUACUCUGAAGGACCUUUUAAAUCAAGAACAGACCCUGUGUGAGGACUGACUGUGAUCAGCAGUCUUAAAGGACUGCAUAUGGAGAACACAACCAACUUAUAUCCAAUGUAAUUUAAAGGCACCUUUUCCUCCGUGGACUGCAGACAAAAAACAAACGGACAUCAACUUAUGUCUCUUUUUAUGCUUUCUGAUCUGGUUUGUAUUUAGCACAAUAUUGGUUUUCUUUUUCUUUUUUUACAUUUCUCUCUUCUUUUUGUUGACUAUUGCGUUGUUUAUGAUAAAUCAGGGCAAAAAGUUCCCCAUUUGGUACAUUUUUCAGCACAAAAAGACACAGCGGAACAAAAUAAAACUGUUCUGCUAUAGCUAUUAGACAAACGAUAAAUGCACGAGUUAAGUCCAUAUUUUAGAAAUAUAAAGCUCAACCACAGAAGGCGUUUGAUUGUGACGGGUGAUUUGGGGUUAUGGGAUAUCAGGGGGCUGUUGGUGGGCUUUCUAGUUCCGUGUACUGCAAUCGGGCUCGUUCCCAGUGGGCGGUGGAUUCUGGCAACUUUGUGAAUGAUUCUGUUCAUAAUUUUAUUAUCAAAAUUUCUAGACCCACCUGAGGGUGUCAGGUUUGGUGGUUUGGUUUUUAUAGAAAAUCACAGAUGACCUGGUUUUGAUGGCUUCCUCGAGCCUUGACCUGCAGCAUGCACUAGGGCAGGUCACAGCUGAGUGUGAAAAAAAUGAGCACCUACUGGUCUGAGGCCAUGACGCACGAGCUUGCCAGAUGGAUUGAUGCUGCAUUAGCAGUGAUGCAAAACAUGUGAUAGUCUAGUGUGGUGAAGAGAGGGCUAAGUGUUAAAGUAAAGCUGUUGAUCAACUGGUUGGUCUAUGCUCCUACAGUCACCUAUCGUCACAGGCUUUGAGUGGAGACGGACAUCAAAGAAUGAGAUUGUGAAUACAAGUUGUGGAAACGAGCUUCCUCCAGUGAACUUGUUCAUUCAGUAGAGGCUCACAGUAAAGCCAGUGCUCCUCUGCACUGAAACCCCCCCCCCCCC